AUGAAGCUUGAUCCUCCAUCUCUUGGGUCUUUGCCGGUUGAAAUUCUGUACUCUAUCUUCCGUGUCUUGGACCCUAUUGGCCUCAUAUCCAUCAGCCAAACCAACUCCAAAUUCCGCACAGUGGUUCAGCCACAACGAACCCAUUUACUAGAAAGGUUGCUUGAACUUGAAUGCCGAGAAGAAGUCGGAGGAGUCACGCCCAUCUUUCGAUCCAAGGACAACCACCUCGACCCUGACUUCACGUCAAAAGAAUGGUAUGCUAUGCGCUGGGCCUGUAGUAUCUGUCUCCAGAUGCUUCCACAUACAGCCUUCGACAACCAUUAUAUCUUACGACUGCAGUACCGCAAGCCAUUGCCAGGAUCUCCGGCAGCGAGUGUUUACACGAGCUGGGAGCCAACAAGAGACGGGAAACCCCGCAAACCAUACCAUCUACACAAACAACAAUCGAACUCUAGGGAUGAGGACCAGAAAAUCCGGCGUCGGUAUGGUCUCGCAUCUAAGUGCAACACAUUGAGACCAAACCAUCCUGUACGUAAUAGGGGCGCAAGAUUAGCCAGCUUUCAGGACAGCGGGAUGAUCACAUUCCAAGGCUUUAGUCUGGACGAAUACUGCAGUAUCACAGAAGAGGAAGAGCAGGUUCUCCUAGACCAUGAAGCACGCCUCAUUGAAGGAGAGCGUUGCGGUUUCAAGCGGCACUUGCGCAAGUGCAACGAGUGUCGAUUCCGGCGCAGUGAGCUCUCAACUACUGUGCAACGAGGCACAGACAAGGUACCCAUAGUGCCGAGCCGUCGUCUGCCAUUUGCCAGUGCCUUGGACCGAUGUUUCCCAGGUGUUUCCGCCAUAAUGAGAAGUGUGAAACCGGCCGCGGAUGCCCCUGUUCAACGUGUGUAUCGCAACGACGUUUUUGAUUCUCUCUGGACUAUGUACAUGGUACGAUGCCCGGAAUGCUUGCGCUGGCAGGAAACGCGUGCGUUUCGUCUUGGUGCCUCUUUCAAUCAUUGGACACCUACCACCGACUCUGCCUCGGAGUUCAAAAACUGGGACGAAACCGAGAUCACCGGAAAUUUUAUUGAUGGUUUGUCAUGUAACCAUUGUUUUGCUAAAGAUCAAGGGCGUGAAAAUCUUGGUGCAGUACUUGUGAAAUGGUUGGACUGCUGCUUGGAUAGCGAGCGACGAGAGCUUGGAUAUCUGCUUUUGGGUGGCUGGGAGAGACUGGUAAGGCGAUUCCGGCGGCUUGAGCAGGUAAGCGACAUCAUUGAUGUUAGAAAUGUCAUUUUGGGCAUUCAGCUUGUUGUUGCAAAGGUUCAGAAAGAUCACGAUUAUCUCAAAAUUGGCCUCGCCGAUAUCUUGACGUUGAGGCUGGGCUUUCGUGAGUGGGUUACUGUGUGGGAGAACUUAGACUCCGAAAAUCGAAGUCAUUUGGAACACAACCCCUGGGAUGACCAGUGGUUCAACAACUAUGAGUUGAUUGAGGCACACUUGAUCUGGGUGAUUCAAUGCAAAGGGGAGGUUAUGGAGAAGGACAAGGGUGAUGACCUGGUUGACUGGGCACUGGGCCGAGAAGGAAGUGCUUUAACUUAA